UUGAAAAAAGAAAAUCUUCGUACAGGAAGUUGAUGUCGCUAGCUUGCUAGUUGGCUCCACAGGUUGGCUCUGCUUCGCUCACCGAGUUACACACCAUGGAAAACGGCCUGUUUGACAUUCCCGACUACGACAACAUAGAGGAUGAAUCUUUCCCCCCCCUCCCACCGCCUCACUCCCCCGGCCAGGGGGGGCAGGGGGACGGGAACCCUUUUGAAAAUGGGGACGAAGAUGGCGACGUGUCCAAGUUAGCGGAUGUCCCUGCUGCUAAAAGGAAAGGAGUGAGGAGGCCGCAACCCAAGCUGGACUCUCACAGGCUGACCUCAGAAAGAGGACUUCCAGCUCUGCGAACACUGUUCGAUAACGUCCAUUUCAAAGGCAAAGGGCACGAGGCCGAGGAUCUGCGGCUGCUGAUGCACAAGAUGGAGAACUGGGCCCACAGGUUGUACCCCAAACUGCAGUUUGAAGACUUUAUUGACAAAGUGGAGAGGCUCGGCAACAAGAAGGAGGUGCAGACCUGUCUGAAACGGAUACGGCUGGACAUGCCACUGACACACGAAGACUUCACGGGUGGUGAAGAACAAGCAGCUCCUGAAGCGCAGGUCUUUGGGGAUCCAGAUCCGUUUGACGGAGCCAGCUUCAAUGACCUGCAAGCUCCGGUCCACUCCACCCCUGCUCCACCUACUCCACCCUCCCCAGCUGCCCCCGCCCCCCCCUCCCUGACCGAGGAGCAGCGUAGACGCAUGGAGCUGAACAGACAGCGGGCUCUGGAGAAGAGGCUCGCCCGCCAGCAGCAGCAAACAGCUCCUGCAGAGUCCCAGACCGGUGACACGUCCACGUCAGCAGAUGAAGGCACGUCUGUCUCCUCUGCAAACGUCCCCAACAAGUCUAACGAUCAGGAUGUAGAGGUGGAGGAUUUCGACCUGGAGCCAGCCAGCAGCAGCAGCAGCACACAACAACAACAACAACCACCACCACCCCCCAAACUGCUUCCCCACCCAGACUCUGAGCCUCCUGCUGAAUCACCUCAGUGUGAGAAAGAGGAAGAAACCAGCCUCAGCCAGGUCCACCAACCCAGCACCGAGUGUCAGGACCGAGAUUAAUGCUCAGUACGGCACGCACUCUGAGUUAAAGAACGACUAACUGUACAGCCAAAGUUUGUUGUUUCUUUUGUUUUUUUUGUUUUUUUUUAAUCCAACCUGUGCAUAAAUUAUCUUCUUGAAGUCUGUAAAGAGCAACUUGGUUCAAAUUUGGAAAUUCUGUUUCCAGCUGAAACAAGCUGCUGCAGUGUACAGUGGUGCUCAAAAGUUUACAUGCCCAUGCUUAAAUUGACUAAAAAGAGAUUUACGAGACAUAGAGACAUAGAGAUUGGCAUGGGAUACUUUCUAUAAAAUCAUCUCUCAAUGCAAAUCAAACCAGCUCUUAGUCUAACUGAAAUAUAACCAUGCCAAUCUCUAUGUAUGGUGAAGGGUAUGUGAUGAUAUUGGGGGGGUUAUUUUAAUUCCAAAGGCCAAGGGAACUUUAUCAGGAUGCAUUGGAUCCUGAUCCAUGACAUAACCGGUCUUUAAUAAUGAAAAUCUGCCUGCUACUAUGGGAAUUUAACAUAGGGGGGGGUGUAUACUUAUGCCCCCUGCAUUUAAUGGAAGACCAUUUAUUUAUUUACAAUACAUUAUUCAUUCACAAAGAAGAUUGGAUUUAUUUUUUAUUUAUUUUUAAGGCAUUAAGAUCUAUUAACAAAAGUUGAUUUUUUUUUAUUCCUCUUUUUAGUCAAUUUAAGCAUGGGUAUGUAAACUUAUGAGCACCACUGUAAGAUACCGUAUGUAAAUUAAAGUUACCUUCAAUUUUUGUCAAUGACAGGCUCAGCUUAUUAUUCUAAGUGUCUCACAACAUUAUGGAAAGGAUCCCUAUUUGUUGAAGACUAAGAUCAUUUAUGUUUAAGAUAAAACUUGAAAUUGUUGUCGCAAUUUUAUCAUCGUAAAACACACUUCAUUCUAAGUCGAAAGAAACAAUAUAAAACUGUCAAAAGCCGUCUUGGGUCGUCUUUCCACCGUGCCAACCGUCACCUCUCUGGUUU